AUGAGCCAGCUGCACAUGGACCACGAGCAGCAGCACCACCAAGAGUCUUAUGAGGACCACCAGAGCUGGACCGACAGCGGCGCAUACCAUCAUGGCCACCACCAGUCGCCGGUGCAGGACUACAAUGGCUUCAGCAACUAUGCCCCGCUGCCCAUGGAGCCACUCUAUACGGCCGCCAUGCAUCCCCCGCAACCACCACCAAGGACCACGCAUCCGCAGCUCCAGCCGCUGAUUAUGCCCCAAUGGCCGAGCAUGUUGACCAGCCAGUCCACCUAUGUGCCCCCCAUCUUCCCUUCGGCGCCGGUGCCCAUCACGCCCGCAUCCGCAACUCCAGUAUCAGCGGUGUCAGCAACUUCGACCCAUUCCGGCCGGACCUCGUCUACCCCACGGAAGACGCUCACGGAUGCGGACCGCCGGAGGAUGUGCCUCUACCACGAAGAGCAUCCCACUGUCAAGCAGACAGAGAUUGGCGCAAUGUUCGGCGUGGAGAGAAGCACCGUCUCGAAAGUGCUGCGCCAGAAGGAGAAGUAUCUUUACCAGGACGACGGCAGCCGAUCACCCAUAAAAAGGUCGAAAGGCAAGUUCCCCGACAUUGAGAGAGCCCUUGCCAACUGGGCGAGAAAUCACCAGAGGCAAGGCCUACCAUUGACGGACGCCAUCAUCCGAGAGAAGGCGCGCUUCUUUGCGACGACCGUCGGCAACUCGGACAGCCACCUGAAAGCGAACAGCACCAGUUGGCUAGAAAAAUUCAAGCAGAAGAAUAAUCUAAUGGGUGCGAAGUCAAGAAAGAGUUCAAUAGCGGAAGAGUCUGAGGGUACAUCGAAUCCGCCAUCAAAUGUGCAUACGCCAGGAGGUAUCUCGCCAGCCUCUCCGAGCGGGCGACCGCGGAGCCAAACGUUUCCAAUGCUUAUCGGUGUUGAGCAGUACAUGUCUCCUCCAGCAUCGUCAGAGGCUUUGACCCCUAAAUACAUCAACACCACCGCACUCGAUUCCCCCAUGGACGAGCUUCAGCCCUCAAUGGGUGCUAUCGACGAUGCGAUGGGUGCUUCACCCACGCAGGUCUCCAACUCCAUGCAACCACCGCCGCUACCCACUGCUCCAGGCAGUAUUCCGAUGCAGCAGCCAAACGUGUCCCAGUCUGAUCCCAUCAAUCUCGAUAGCGCAUCGCCCGGCUCUCCUUCGCAGGAGGAAGCUGCCCGCGCACUAGAACUUGUCUGGACCUUUUUCCAGCAGCAACACGAAGAUUUUGUGGUCGAGCCUCAAGAGUACCUUACUAUCGGGAAGCUGAUGGAGAAGCUCAAGAUCAAGCGCAACUCCGAAAGCCUGGGGUCUGGGAUACGCCGUGUUUCCGAGCCCAACUUCGGUUCGGUCACCAAGGUCGAUACCAUCGACGAGUUGCACUAG